AUGCCAGAACAGACUGACGCACCUAUACACAUACCAGAACAGACUAAUGCGCCUACAGAAAUGCCAGAACAGAUUGACGCGCCUAUAGACAUACCAGAACAGACUGAUGCGCCUACAGAAAUGCCAGAACAGAUUGAUGCGCCUAUACACAUGCCAGAACAGACUAAUGCGCCUACAGAAAUGCCAGAACAGAUUGAUGCGCCUAUACACAUACCAGAACAGACUAAUGCGCCUACAGAAAUGCCAGAACAGAUUGAUGCGCCUAUACACAUACCAGUACAGACUGAUGCGCCUACAGAAAUGCCAGAACAGACUGACGCACCUAUAGACAUAACAGUACAGACUGAUGCGCCUACAGAAGUGCCAGAACAGAUUGAUGCGCCUAUACACAUACCAGAACAGACUAAGGCGCCUACAGAAAUGCCAGAACAGAUUGAUGCGCCCAUAGACAUACCAGUGCAGACUGAUGCGCCUACAGAAAUGCCAGAACAGACUGACGCACCUAUAGACAUAACAGUACAGCCUGAUGCGCCUACAGAAGUGCCCGAACAGAUUGAUGCGCCUAUACACAUACCAGAACAGACUAAUGCGCCUACAGAAAUGCCAGAACAGAUUGAUGCGCCUAUACACAUACCAGAACAGACUAAUGCGCCAGUAGGCAUACCAGAACAGACUGAUGAUUGA